AUGGGCGCUUCAGAAUCUACUUUCUCAAGCGGACAGACGCUAGAUGACAGAAUCACCACCAUAACGGAGCGAUCGGAAGCUUCUGACCCUAUUUUGGAGCGCCUUAAAUCUCUCAAAAUUACACCACCGAUAUUGACCUCACCCCCAACAGAGGGUACUUUAACUGAUAUUUUAGUGAGGAAGCCUUCAUCGUCUUCGGUUUCAGCUACAGUGAAUCCCAAGGUUCUAAUGGAGCUCUUCUCAAUGUACCGAGAUUGGCAGGAGAAAAAGGCCCAAGAGAUAACCAAAAGACAGGAGGAGAUAGAAAACAAAAUAGAAGUUGCAGAUGCUUUGGCUAUCAAACUUCUUCAGAGAUUUAAUCAUUCAACGUCUACAAUGAAAACUGCCUCACAGCAUUUAUCGGGAGUCCAUGAGUUGCAGGUGGAAAUUGGAGAGCUCAAAGGAAGGUUGACCGAAGUGAUUAGUAAUUGUGAUGCAUUAUGCAAGAGGAUUGAAGCAGAGGGCCCAGAAUCUCUCCGGUCAUCUAUCAAACCUUUUGCUUUUGCUACGGCUAACCAAGAAACCAGCUCAAGUUCAUCUAUUUUGCGGACAGUUUCAAAAACAGAAACAGGUCCACCUUCUGCCGAAGAAUAG